GCGGUGCGGGUGGGAGCGGCUGUCUGUCCGUCUGUCUGUUUGGGGGUCUCUGCUGAUCUGUCAUACCCUGGACCCCCUUAGCCCCCAAAAUACCGAGAUAGACCACACAAGGCAUGACAUGAUCUACUGAAUGUGGACCUGGACAAGCCGCUUAGGAUAUUGGCAUCGUGGCCCAAGAAGCUGACCUCCACAAUAAGGAUACGCCAUGGAACAGUUCAGUUGCUUUCACCUUUCUUUCCUUCUCAUAGUGUAUUCUUCUGUCAGAAGAUCAUCCACCUCCCCGUUCCCAAGCUUUGCCGUGUCGGACACAUCUCUGACUCAUCUGGCCGUGCACAAGCACACGGGUGACGUCUACAUCGGUGCUGUCAACAGAAUAUACAAGCUGUCGGAGAAUCUGACCGAGCUGCGCUCCCACUUGACUGGCCCGAUUGAAGAUAACGCCCGCUGCUACCCCCCACCUUCUGUGCGUCACUGCACCCACAAGCUGUCCCCCUCGGACAACGUCAAUAGACUCUUGUUGAUCGACUACACGGGUAAUCGGGUGGUGGCCUGCGGCAGUGUGUGGCAAGGGAUUUGCCAGUUUUUGAGGUUGGACAAUCUCUUUAAGUUGGGAGAGCCCCAUCACCGCAAGGAACACUAUUUGUCGGGGGCAAGAGAACCCGACUCCAUGACUGGAGUCAUUGUAGAACAGGAUGCCGAGCAGAGUAAACUUUUUAUCGGAACGUCCAUUGACGGUAAAUCAGAGUAUUUUCCCACCCUUUCCAGCCGCAAACUCUUGAAGAACGAGGAGAGUGAGGAGAUGUUUCGUCUGGUGUACCAGGAUGAGUUUGUGUCUUCUCAGAUCAAGGUCCCUUCCGACACGCUUUCCCUGCACCCCUCCUUUGACAUUUACUACGUGUACGGCUUUGUCAGCGGUGGGUUUGUGUAUUUCUUGACCCUACAACUGGACACGCAGCAAACGCUACUGGACGCCACUGGAGAAAAAUUCUUUACAUCCAAGAUUGUCCGCAUGUGCUCCAAAGACCCGGAGUUUUACUCUUACGUAGAGUUUCCCAUUGGAUGCACCAAGGACGGGGUAGAAUAUAGACUCGUCCAAAGCGCGUAUCUUAGCCGGCCUGGCCAAAAACUUGCCCAAGAGCUAGGGAUACCAGAAGAUGAAGAUGUCCUCUACACAGUCUUCUCUCAAGGUCAGAAGAACCGAUCCAACCCUCCCCGCGAGUCCGUCCUCUGCCUCUUCACCCUCAGCCAAAUCAACAAAAGCAUCAAGGAGCGGAUCCAGUCUUGCUACCGGGGAGAAGGAAAGCUGUCCCUGCCAUGGUUACUUAAUAAAGAGCUGAACUGCAUUAAUACGCCUAUACCCAUCCAUGAUGGCUUCUGUGGCCUGGCCUUAAACCAGCCCAUCGGUGGCCUGAAGGUGAUCGAGGGGCUUCCGCUCUUCGAGGAUAAAGCGGACGGCAUGGCUAGCGUGGCGGCUUACAGCUACCAUGGGCAUUCUGUGGUUUUCGUGGGCACCCGAGCUGGAACACUGAAAAAGAUUCGCGUAGAUAGCCCCGCAGAUGCCAUCUUGUACGACACGGCGGCCGUGGUGCCAGGGAAGCCCAUACUGAGGGACAUGGUGUUCAGCCCGGACUGGCAGUCUGUGUACAUCCUCAGCGAGAAGCAGGUCAGCCGCGUCCCCGUGGAGAGCUGCCAGAGGUAUAACACGUGCGGAGAGUGUCUGGGGUCCGGAGACCCUCAUUGCGGCUGGUGUGUCCUGCACAGCAGGUGCUGCCGAGAGAGCGAGUGUGAGCGGGCGUCCGAGCCCCACCGGUUUACCAGUGACCUGAGUCAAUGUGUCCGCCUGGAAGUGACGCCCAAUAACGCCUCCGUCAGCGUCCCGGAGCUGCAGCUCAAUCUGUCCGUGCAGAACGCCCCCGAUCUGUCGGCGGGCGUCACCUGCAUGUUUGGUGACUUGGCGGAGAGCGAGGCCGUCCUGGGAGAUGGAACCAUUCAGUGCUCGUCCCCUUCUCUGCGGGACAUUCCCGGGAUUACCGGAGGACAAGGGGCUCUGCACACCGUCCAGCUGCAUCUGAAGUCUAAGGAGACCGGCCUGAGGUUUGCCAGCACCGACUUCGUCUUCUACAAUUGCAGCGUCCUCCAGUCGUGCCUGUCCUGUGUGAGCAGCCCGUACCCCUGCCACUGGUGCAAAUAUCGCCACAUCUGCACCCACAACGCGGACGAGUGCUUCUUCCUGGAGGGGCGAGUCAACAACACGGAGGGCUGCCCGGAGAUUAUUCCCACCGGCGAGAUCCUGAUACCGGUCGGCGUGGUGCAGCCGAUCACUCUGAAGGCGAAGAAUCUCCCGCAGCCGCAGUCCGGCCAGAAGAACUACGAGUGCGUCUUCAACAUCGAGGGGAAGGUCCAGCGCGUCCCGGCCGUCCGCUUCAACAGCAGCAGCGUGCAGUGUCAGAACACGUCUUACACGUAUGAAGGGAACGAGUCCGGUGACCUGACGGUCGACUUCUCCAUCGUGUGGGACGGGCAUUUUUACAUCGACAAACCAGCGGCCUUCAAAGCUCUGCUCUACAAGUGUCCGGCUCAGCGCGACAGCUGCGGCCUGUGUCUCAAGGCAGAUCCGCGCUUCGAGUGUGGCUGGUGCAUGUCGGAAGGAAAAUGCCUCCUGCGACAGUACUGCCCCAACUCCAAGGCCAACUGGAUGCAUCUCAGCAAAAGGAACACCCGCUGUACCAACCCCCAGAUCUAUGAGAUACAUCCUCUCACCGGCCCCAGAGAGGGAGGGACACGGGUGACCAUUACAGGGGCCAACCUCGGCUUGUACUUCAGAGAGGUGUGGGUGCAAGUAGCCGGGGUGCAGUGUGCAUCCGUGCCCUCACAGUACAUCAGCGCUGAAAGGAUAGUGUGUGAGAUGGAGGAGUCGCUUGUUCCUAAACCUGCCCCUGGGGUGGUUGAGCUGUGUAUCGGAGACUGCAGCUCUGAGUACAGGACCCAGUCCGACCAGCUUUACACCUUUGUGACUCCAACUUUUCAUGAUGUGCACCCCACUCGUGGCCCGUCCUCUGGAGGUACUCGACUCGUCAUCAGUGGUAAAAACCUGGACGCCGGAAGCUCGGUGUCUGUCCUCAUCAGAGACUCCGAGUGCCGAUUUGUCAAGAGGAAUCUGCAUGAAAUUGUCUGCAUCUCGCCAGCAUCCGCUCAGGGCCCCAGCCCGGCCACCAUCACCCUGAGGAUAGAUAAGGCCAGCAUAUGGAACCGAGAUGUGAUCUACAUGUACACUGAGGACCCCACCAUCACCCGCCUGGAACCAGCAUGGAGCAUAUUCAACGGCAGCACUGCAAUCGCCGUGAGCGGGACGCAUUUACUGACCAUUCAAGAGCCCAAAGUUCGUGCCAAGUAUUCCGGCAUAGAGACGAUCAACACCUGCCAGAUAAUUAACGACACCCUGAUGGUCUGUAAGGCCCCUGGUAUCUAUCCCUCGAAUGGCGAGGUUGUUCCCGAUGACGGGGUCCCACCAGAUGAGUUUGGCUUCAUCUUGGACAAUGUGACGAGUCUCCUUACCUUGAACUUUACCUCAUUCAUCUAUUACCCCAACCCCGUGGUGGAGAUGUUUGGGUCCGGCGGGGUUCUGGAGAUCAAGCCAGGGUCACACGUCAUCCUGAAGGGAAGAAACUUGCAGCCUGCUGCCCCCGGAGGAGCCAAGCUGAAUUACACGGUGCUGAUCGGCGAUGUGCCGUGCGCCCUCACUGUGUCUGACACCCAGCUGCUGUGCGACUCCCCCAGUCAGACCGGAGAGCAUCGGGUCACUAUCCUGGUCGGCGGGAUGGAGUUCUCCCCGGGAAGCCUUCGGAUCUACUCGGACAGUUCCCUAACUCUCCCGGCCAUCGUGGGGAUCGGAGCUGGAGGAGGCCUGCUGCUUCUGGCCAUCAUUGCCGUCCUCAUUGCCUACAAGAGGAAAACGAGGGACGCCGACCGCACGCUCAAGAGGCUCCAGAUGCAGAUGGAUAACCUGGAGUCUCGGGUGGCGCUGGAGUGCAAGGAAGCAUUUGCCGAGCUCCAAACAGACAUCAAUGAGCUGACCAAUAACAUGGACGGGGUGAAGAUCCCGUUUCUGGAAUAUAAGACGUACGCCAUGCGGGUCCUGUUUCCUGGCAUAGAAGACCACCCGGUGCUCAAAGAACAGGAUAUCCCUCCUAAUGUGGAGAAGGCCCUGAGACUCUUCGGCCAGCUCCUGAAUAAUAAGACCUUCCUGCUGACGUUCAUUCACACCCUCGAAAACCAGCGCAGCUUCUCCAUGCGGGAUCGGGGGAACGUGGCCUCUCUGGUCAUGGUGUCCCUCCAGGGUCGCAUGGAGUACGCCACUGUCCUCCUCAAGCAGCUGCUCAGUGACCUGAUAGAGAAGAACCUGGAGAGUAAGAACCACCCGAAGCUAUUGCUGCGCAGGACGGAGUCAGUAGCGGAGAAGAUGUUGACUAAUUGGUUUACUUUCCUGCUGUAUAAAUUCCUGAAGGAAUGUGCCGGAGAGCCGCUCUUCAUGCUUUUCUGUGCCAUCAAGCAACAGAUGGAGAAGGGACCUAUAGACGCCAUCACUGGAGAAGCCCGAUACUCGCUUAGUGAAGACAAGCUCAUCCGCCAGCAGAUUGACUACAAAGUCCUGACCCUCAGCUGCAUUUGUCCAGACAGUGAGAAUGGUACAGAGAUCCCGGUGAAGGUCCUCAACUGCGACACGGUGACCCAGGUGAAGGACAAGCUGCUGGAUGCUGUUUACAAGGGAAUUCCCUACACCCAGAGGCCGAAGGCUGAAGACAUGGACCUAGAAUGGCGUCAGGGACGCAUCACCCGCAUUGUUCUUCAGGAUGAGGACGUCACUACCAAAAUCGAGUGUGAUUGGAAGAGGCUGAACACACUGGCGCAUUACCAGGUACGGGAAUCUUGUUCUUACCCCUCUAAUCUACCAGGUGUUCCCCUUCGUCUCCAUUUUAGUCAUGCCCUGUACUUCUCUCAGGUCACAGACGGUUCUACCGUGGCUCUGAUUCCCAAGCAGGUGUCCGCCUACAACAUCACUAACUCAUUCACCUUCACACGCUCCCUCAGCCGGUACGAGAGUCUACUACGGACCUCAAGCAGCCCCGAUAGCCUGCGCUCCCGAGCCCCGAUGAUCACGCCCGACCAGGAGACCGGCACCAAACUCUGGCACCUGGUCAAAAAUCACGACCACACGGACCAUAAGGAGGGCGACCGGGGCAGCAAGAUGGUUUCGGAGAUCUACCUUACCCGCUUAUUGGCUACUAAGGGAACCUUGCAGAAGUUUGUGGAUGACCUGUUUGAGACGGUGUUCAGCACAGCGCACAGGGGCAGCGCCCUCCCGCUCGCCAUCAAGUACAUGUUUGACUUUUUGGACGAGCAGGCCGAUCGAAGGCAGAUUACAGACCCAGACGUCCGGCACACGUGGAAAAGCAACUGCUUGCCGCUCCGAUUUUGGGUGAACGUCAUAAAGAACCCGCAGUUUGUCUUCGAUAUCCACAAGAGCAGCAUCACCGACGCCUGCCUGUCCGUGGUGGCCCAGACCUUCAUGGACUCUUGUUCCACCUCCGAACACCGGCUCGGCAAAGACUCGCCAAGUAACAAGCUGCUCUACGCCAAGGACAUCCCGAACUACAAGACUUGGGUGGAGAGGUAUUACAGAGACAUCAACAAGUUGGCGGCCAUCAGCGACCAGGAUAUGGACGCCUACCUGGUGGAGCAAUCCCGGCUGCACGCCAACGAGUUCAACUCGCUCAGCGCUCUCAGCGAGCUCUUCUUCUAUGUGAACAAGUACCGGGAAGAGAUCCUCACCUCCCUGGAUCGCGAUUCUUAUUGCCGGAAGCACAAGCUGCGGCAGAAGCUGGAACAAGUUAUUAACAUGGUCUCCAGUAACAGCUGAAUCAUGUGAAAAGCCCCCUCUCUGUCCCUUCUUGUUCCCUCAACCUCCACUACCCCCGGACCCCAAGAUGAAUCAGAAACUGAUAGGUAGGGGCCCGACUGGAGGCCGACAUUACCACAAGGUGACGGGCAAACGUGCAAAAGCUAUGGCACUGCCGCAGAGACUCAACACGAGCCGCCGAUGGGACCUGUGCGACCAGUGCCUGAAUCCUAUACCCAGGUCAACAGCAGAUUAUCACCAGCCAUGGCACGGCGCGUCCCAUGGCAUGCCCGCCUCCUCUAUUCUCCUGUGUCCGCGUGACAAGGUGCCCGUCUUUCAGUGCCUUGUGCUUUGGGAGAAGCAGAGCAAGUGACUGCACACCGCUGUAAUAAUAAUUGCUGACCACUGGGUGGUGCCAGUGCGCACAACAAGGUGCAAGCUCUGCCUGACUCCUUAAAGGGACCGCGUCCUCACCCACCACCACCACCCCCUCCUCUGGUCCCUAGACUGCCGAUCAGGAGCAGAGACCCAGUGAGGACAUUCUGGAUUUGGUGAAGCCAUAUGACUCAGAGGGACACCUGCCCCCUCCCCCACCCCUGUGUUUGUGACGAUCCACUAAUAAUCUCAGUGCACUAUUGUACCCCCCGGUUUAUUGCUGCUCCUCAUAUGUGUUUUCAGUGCAUCCCCUUCCCGAGCAGGUGGAGCUACUACAUAUCUGUGACGUGAAACGAGGGGAUCCCGAAAUUAGGUUUCCUAGGUAGGAGGGACCCCCGUUAUGUUAAUGAGAUUUUGUGCCAUGCGAUACCAGUGCCGUUUUGUUUGCAGGUGGAUGCGAGCGGGCGUGCGGUUUUCCCACAUCCCCCUCCCCCCUCCUUUGUAAAUCAUGUCCUGUGGAAAGAGCGGAGUCGGGAAACGCGUCGGGUGGCAGAGAGGGAUUGGCAGCCGGCAGUAGCCUUUUAUGUUCUUCUGCCGUGCCUCCUGAUUUUUAACCCUCCGCGUUCGUUCCGGGCUCUUGUUUAGUUUUAGUUUUUUUUAGACCUUGCUUUUUAUAUUUAAUUUUAUUUAUUUAAUUUAUUCCUCCAGUGUUUUAUAAGAGAACCCGUCCGAGGCGCGAAUGUGCGAGUGCGAUUGUGAGGUGACGCGCCCCCCCCCCUCCCCCGUGGUGUGAGGUGUUACAUGGUAGGGAGCGUUCACUGCCAUGAGCUUGAGUGCGUGUGAUCAGCCCCCCCUAACCCCACUCCAAGAACCCAGUCAGGACUGCCAGCCAAUUGCUUGCGCCACCCCAGCGGGGGGGGGCACAAACCAAAGCAUCUACUAGAAAGCAAUAAGGAUCCACCAGGAACCCACACGCUGGCAUCUCAUUGCUUGUUAGCAACACCCCCCUCCCCCACCUGGGCAGUCGCCGCCUAGCCGCCCAUUUUGAUACCCAUUGACGCUUAUCACAUUUGGUUUUGUCAUUGUGCCAGGCCUUUCCUGCUGCUUCCCCCACCCUCUAUGGCUGUGUGACAUACCGCGUCUGUCUGCCACCCUCAUGCCCGUCACCAGGUUGCACCCGUAGGUACCUGAAUGCCCUCCGCCCCCCCCCCCCCCCUCCUCUCCCUGGGUGAUGGGUACAUGACUGCCAAUGUUCUUUGUUGCCAAACUGGAAACAUUCCAUAGUCGUGUUGGUGCGUGCGUGUGUGUGUGUGUGUGCGUGCACCUACCCGGCGAUACCUCGCUCGCGCAGGGUUCCCUCCGUAUGUAAAUAUGAAGAAGCAUAUAUAUACAUAUAUAUAUAUAUUUUGUAAAUCUGUGCCACUGUCCUGUAUCCCCUCCCCCCUCCUCAUCCUCCAUAACCCCCUUCACUGUCCGUAACCAUUUCUGCCGGAAGGAAUGGCGACCUGCUGGGAUGUGUUCUUGUCCAGCAUCCAAGGAGUUAAAAAAAAUAAAAAAUCACCAUUAAAUGAAGGGAUUUAGGUGCCUUAGUAACAUACUCCACCCCAUGGGAUCUGAUACAGAGGCGACACCAUGACACGUGCAGGGUCCACAGUUUUUAUCAGCACUUUACGUCUACGGUGGCAGCGGAUCCGAUACUGUGAGCAUGGCGGUUUUAUUUAAUGAUGGAUUUUGCUUUUGUUUUUUUUGUUGUUUUUUUUUUAUUUACAAAAUAAAUGAAUUCAAACUGA